AUGAGUGAAAAACAACCUCUAUUAAAAACGCUCAAUAAUAUGUCUACUGGUGAUAAUCAUGAUGAAAAUAGGAAGAAGAAACAACUUUGGACUAGGAGUUUUUCUGAUUGGUGUCGAUGUUUCAAUGGAAAAGAGGACGAUAAUAAAUAUGCAAAACCAGAUAAUGAUAUUAAACCAGGUGAUAGAGAUGAAGCAGUUGGUGUUUUCCAUUUAGGCAAUGACACACGCAUCAAUGAAACAAUUGUAUGGAACCAGGGUUCACAAUCAUUUUAUAGAAUCACUGGUGAUAUUGAAUUCGACAAUGUCAAUUUUAUAUAUCCAUGUCGAAAAGAUGUAUCAGUGCUCCGUAAUCUUUCUUUUAUUGCUCGUGCUGGUCAGACAACAGCUCUUGUAGGUUCAAGUGGCUGUGGAAAAAGUACAUGUAUAUCACUUUUUCUUCGUUUCUAUGAACCUUCAUCUGGUCGAAUAAGGGUCAAUGGUAAGCCAUUAACAGACUACACUGUCGAAUACCUUCGGCAAAACAUUGGAGUUGUUAGUCAAGAACCUAUUCUGUUUGGUAUGAGUAUUUAUGAAAACAUUCGUUUUGGUGUAGCAAAUGCGACACCAGGAGAAAUUGAACAAGCAGCACGGGACGCAAAUUUGCAUGAUUUCAUCAUGCAAUUGCCAAACAAAUAUAGAACAGUUGUUGGUGAACGUGGCAUACAGUUAGGUAGUGGUGAGAAACAACGUAUUGCAAUAGCUCGUGCUCUUGUUAAACAGCCCGCCAUCCUUUUACUGGACGAAGCAACGAGUGCACUUGAUUAUAUUAACGAAAGAAUUGUUCAAAAAGCUCUUGAUCGAGCAUGCCAAUAUCGUACAACUAUUAUUAUUGCUCAUCGUUUGAGUACAAUUCAAAAUGCUGAUCAAAUAUAUGUAUUAGACAAUGGAAGUGUGAUUGAGCAAGGUACACAUGAAACAUUGCUGGCAAAAGAAAGUGGCAAAUAUCACGCAAUGUUCAAACGUCAACAAUUGGGAAGAAUUAAUGAUGAUAAAGAUGAUAUGAUGAGCAUACAAAAAGCAAGAGAAGAGGAGGAAAAGUCUAUGUGUAUUUUAAUAUUCUAA